CUCGGCAAGGGUCAGUUUGGGAGGGUCUUCCGAGGCAGCUGCGACGGCACCACCCUCUGUGACGUCGGCUGCUCGGAGGGCGACGUGGCGAUCAAGGUGAUGCCUGACGGCGCCCCGUCGUACGAGCAGUCGAGGCUCGCGCUCGAGGCAAAGGUGAUGCGUGCGAUGAGCGGCGUGCGGGGCUUUCCAGUGCUGCACUACGACGGGCGUCAGACCGUGUUUGGGCGGCCGAGCGACGUGCUGGUAAUGGACAUGCUCGGCCCUUCGGUGCGCUCCCUACUACACCGCCACCCGCUCGGAGCCUCGCGCGCCGUGCGCAAGGUGGGGCACGACGUGGUGCGUUGCCUGCGCGAGCUGCACGCGGCGGGCUUCAUCCACAACGACCUCAAGCCGCUCAACAUCCUGUUUGGCGCAGCCGGCACGGGCCGGGAGGAGGAGGCGCACGUGCUCGACUUUGGGAUGGUGACGUCGACGGGCUGCUUGCAAGAGGCGGUGGAGGGCUGCGAGCUGUCCGCGGGCGGCGCGACGCCGCUGUACGCCAACUUGGCGCAGCUUGAGGGGAGGCCGACGGCGCCGGUGGACGACAUCGAGAGCCUGUGGUACUGCCUCGCCUUCCUCGAGGGCGGCGAGCUGCCGUGG